GUUGUUUACAAAGUAGCUCAACAGAAGAACCUUGAAGGAUAUGUGGGGUUUGCAAACCUUCCAAAUCAAGUUUACCGGAAGUCUGUGAAGAGAGGAUUUGAAUUCACACUCAUGGUAGUAGGUGAAUCUGGACUGGGAAAAUCAACAUUAAUCAACUCAUUAUUCUUAACAGAACUGUAUUCCCCAGAGUAUCCAGGUCCUUCCCACAGAAUUAAAAAGACUGUACAGGUUGAACAGUCAAAAGUUUUAAUCAAAGAGGGUGGUGUUCAGUUACUACUCACAAUAGUUGACACACCAGGAUUUGGAGAUGCUGUGGAUAAUAGUAAUUGCUGGCAGCCAGUUAUCGACUACAUUGACAGUAAGUUUGAGGACUACCUGAAUGCAGAAUCUCGAGUGAACAGGCGUCAGAUGCCAGAUAAUAGAGUGCAGUGUUGUUUAUACUUCAUUGCUCCUUCAGGACAUGGACUUAAGCCUUUGGAUAUAGAGUUUAUGAAGCGCCUGCAUGAAAAAGUGAAUAUCAUUCCACUUAUUGCCAAAGCAGACACACUUACACCUGAGGAAUGCCAACAGUUCAAAAAACAGAUAAUGAAAGAAAUCCAAGAACACAAAAUUAAAAUAUAUGAAUUUCCAGAAACAGAUGAUGAAGAAGAAAAUAAAAUUGUUAAAAAGAUAAAGGACCGUUUACCUCUUGCUGUGGUAGGUAGUAAUACGAUCAUUGAAGUCAAUGGCAAGAGAGUUAGAGGAAGGCAGUACCCAUGGGGUGUUGCAGAAGUUGAAAAUGGUGAACACUGUGACUUCACAAUUCUGAGGAACAUGUUGAUAAGAACUCAUAUGCAGGACCUGAAGGAUGUCACUAACAAUGUACAUUAUGAGAACUACAGAAGCAGAAAACUGGCAGCUGUUACAUACAACGGUGUUGACAACAACAAAAAUAAAGGGCAGCUAACAAAAUUUGACACAGUUGAAGGCAUGAGCCCAUUGGCACAGAUGGAGGAGGAAAGGAGGGAGCAUGUAGCCAAAAUGAAAAAAAUGGAAAUGGAAAUGGAACAGGUGUUUGAGAUGAAAGUCAAAGAAAAAGUUCAGAAACUGAAGGACUCUGAAGCUGAGCUGCAGCGACGCCAUGAACAAAUGAAAAAGAAUUUGGAGGCACAACACAAAGAAUUAGAGGAAAAGCGUCGCCAGUUUGAGGACGAGAAAGCAAACUGGGAAGCUCAACAACGUAUUUUGGAACAACAGAAUUCUUCCAGAACCUUGGAGAAGAAUAAGAAGAAAGGGAAGAUAUUUUAAAUGCAUCAUUUUGACCACCAGUUAUGUAUUAGUUGCCAAUAUGCCAGCCUGGACAUCAGUGUUUGUUGGAUCCGUUUGACCAAUUUUGCACCAGUUGUAUCCAUAGUAAUGGAUUUAACAGCAUGACAAAUUUUUGUUAAUUUUGAUGGAGAAUGAGAUGCCUUGAAUUGUCUAGGGUGUUGUGUACUUGGAAAAAUAACAGCUCUAAGUACCUUUUUUAACUUUUUUUUUUUCAACAGGUGUCAUUUUAAUGCAAAAGAAAACAUUUUACUGUUGUACAAUCAUGUUCUGGUGGUUUAACGGUUUACAGGAUAUUAAAAAAUGCAGGACUCUAGACGGUUUUUAGUGAGGAUAAAUUGCCAUAAUAUGAUGCAAACAAUGCUUCUCUAUUAUUAUUAUACAUGAAUUCCAUUCAGUGCAGCAUAUACAAUAAUGUAAUUUAGUCUAACACAGUUGACCCUAUUUUUGACACUUCCAUUGUUUAAAAGGACACAUGGAAAAACAGAAGUUGUAAGCUUACAGUGCACCUAAGCUUUUUAUAACAACCCUUUUAUGUUUUGGAUUCUUUAAAUAUAUGCUAUUCUCAUUUAGUAACUUCUUUAGCCAGAAGGAUCUCAUUACUGCUUCAUUUUUUGUAAUAACAUUUAAUUUAGAUAUUUUUCCAUAUAUUGGCCCUCCUAAAUAGAAUAUAGCUUCUUUCAUAUGGUAGGAACCAGUGAGUAAAACUUUCCUUUAACUCCCUUUUUACAUUUUAUGGUAAGUAGCAGGAAAACGCAUUUAUAGGUCAUUUCUAGGCAAAAUUGUGGAGUUAACUACCAACCUGUUUCUACCUGUGUGCAGUCUUUCUUUAUUUUACUAGAAAUGGGAAAAUGGCCUCGAGAAAAAAAUCACCAUUUUGCAUUUAGCUGUAUUCAUAUACUGCAUUUCUGUAUUUUUGUUUGUAUUGUAAAAAGUUACAUAAUAAACAAUGUUGUGAUGUAA